CAAGCGGAGCGGAUUUCAGUGACAGGAGCUAAGCCUAAAAUACAUUGAUGCUUUUCCCGCCACUCCGGUAAACUUCCAUCUGCCUCGAAUUUAGUUUGGCAAAGUUCCAAAAAAAUAGUUGGGAGUGAUUUGUGAAUUGACUAAAAGGGUUGAAUUUAUUGUGGUAAAGAGUUCUUCAUUCAACUGCUGAGGAGAGAAUCACUCUGCUUAUUCAUUGACGGCAUUUUUCUGAAACUUUUUGGUGGUAGUGGAAGCUUUUGCUUGCACCUAGAAAAAAAUUAAAAUGUACGAUACUUUUCUUAAAUUUCCCAGGUAUUAUCAAUAUGAGCGGAAAAAGAGUGUAUCUAAUGAAGCAUACAUCGAACAGAUUGCUCAAAGAGACAACGAAGAGUUCGCUCAGGAAUGUGUUCGGAUCCAUAACCGUUACAGAGCUCAACACGGAUGUCCCCCCUUGCACCUUUCAUACUCAAUUUGCGCCGUUUCACAGGAAUGGGCCAACCGAAUAUCUAAGGAGGAUGACUUCCAUCACAGCAACAACCCACAAUAUGGAGAGAACCUAUUUGUCGUUUACAUGAGCAAUAACUCCGUGCCCACGGUGACAGCGCAACAAGUGGUUGAAUCCUGGUAUUCAGAGCAUGUGUUCUAUCCUUUUGACGGUCAUAUCACACGGGAUAUAAUUUCAAAUGCCGGACAUUUCACCCAAGUAUUAUGGAAAAACAGCAGAGAGCUGGGCAUUGGAAAAGCCAUCAGCAAAAACAACAGACUAUACGUCGUGGCAAACUACUAUCCUGCAGGGAAUAUCCUCAGGAGGUUCACAGAAAAUGUUCCACCCAAAAUUCAUAACUACUCCCACAUGCCCCAUUACUACAGCAGGAGAAUAUCAAGUAGAAGGUUAGAUAUGGAUACAUUAGCAGAAGACUUGCACGUACCCCAGUACCGCAGAUCUUCAAGUCGGAACUUAGAUAUUCAAUCUGAAAUUUCAACUGGAAAUUUACACGCGCCUCAUCAGUAUACUAGACGAGUUUCUAGUAGGCGACUUGAUACAUCAAUAGAAACUUUGCAUGUGCCGCACUUUUAUAACAGGAGGAAUUCAAGUAAGCAUCUUGAAACUGAGGAUUCUUCAGCAGAAACUUUGAAUGUACCUCAGUAUUAUAACAGCAGGAGAAAAUCAAGUAAGCAUCUUGAAGCUGAUGAUUCAUCAGCAGAAACUUUGAAUGUACCUCAGUAUUAUAACAGCAGGAGAAAAUCAAGUAAGCAUCUUGAAGCUGAUGAUUCAUCAGCCGAAACUUUGAAUGUACCUCAGUAUUAUAAUAGCAGGAGAAGAUCAAGUACUCGGUUUGAUGAUAAUGGCUCGACUGAAAAUCUGUAUGUACCGUCUCAUAAUAAUCGUCGUGCCUCAAGGUGUCAAUUCGAUUUUGAUGAUUCAGUAGAAACCUUAUAUGUACCCCAGUACUACAUUCGAAGACCUUCAAACAGACUUCUGAGCGUUGAUACUUAAACAAAAAAAGUGGAAUUGAUAGGAAUACCUUAAAAGGUACUUUGAACAUUCAGGGAAUCAGGCAUAUUUUUAUAAGUGCCAAAAUUGAUACUGUAUUAAUCUUCUUUAAUAAAGGAA